GGGAGAACGGGGAGGCGUGAAAGCUGCGGGAGCCGAGCGCUGACCCGAAGGAGCCGCGUCUGGGUGGGGUCGGCGAGGUGUGGCAAGGCGGGGAAUGCGUCACGGGCGGUCCGCAGAUAUUUCCCCGCAGAGGAGGCGUUUCAGGACUCGGGCGCUCGCUGCUACCAGUCGUGAAAGCGGGAGACCGAAGCAGCCGGCUGAGUCCACAAUCAGCGGAAGAGCUUUUCCCGCAGCGCCGCGUCCCGCGGAACCUUCUUCUUCCUCCCUCCCCCACCCGGAGGAGCCGCAGCCCGGCGGGGCGUCCACCGUCACCGAGCGCUGGCCGACGUCUUGUUAACGAGCUAACAGCUAGCUUAAACAUACAGAGAGAGAGAGAGCGUCGUUUUACCUUUAACCCGCCACAAUGCGUUUUACUGCGAUUCUCAGCACCUGUCUGCUGUCGGUGCUGCUCCUCGCCGAGUCCUGCUUCCUGCCUCACUCUCUACAAGUGUCCGUCCCACAGAAUAUACCAGCCGGAUAUGUGGUUUCAAAAGUUGACUUCGACAACUGUGACACCAAGUCAUUACGCUUGACAUCAAGUGACGGUGACUUCGCAGUAGGGAGCGAGAGAACCAUAGUGGCGUUAGCUCCGGUUACAGUGGCACAUGGGGGACAUACAUUUUCUAUCUGGGCUGAAGAUGCCAGCGGACAGAGAAGUGAGAUGGAGGUUCAUCUUGUGCACAACACCAUGCAGAAAAGAUCGGUACGGCUGCUACCCAAGGAUGGCUUCCUGAGGCGUUCCAAGAGACGAUGGAGUCCCCCACCAUUCAACGUGAUCGAAAACGAUGUCCCACCCUUUCCCAAAGAACUCGAUAGGGUAGUAUCAGAUUCUGAGGCCGUUCACAAUGUGUAUUACACAAUCACUGGUCCUGGUGUUGAUGCCCACCCAGUUGGUCUGUUCAGCGUGGACAGGAACUCGGGGAUGUUGUCAGUGCACAGGGCUAUUGACCGUGAGGAAUUCCCCGAGAUUGUAUUCGAGGCCAGAGUUUAUGACAGACAUACCAAUGCGCAGACCGACCUGCCUUUGCCAAUCACUGUGGAAAUAAUUGAUGCCAACGACAACAAACCAACAUUCACAGGCCCACUUCAGUUUACUCUGCUCGAGCAAAGCAAGGCCGGGACGGUGGUGGGGAAAGUGACCGCUACAGACAGAGAUAAGGAAAACACACCCCACACCAAGAUCAGGUAUUCUCUCCUGUCUGGAACAGACAUGUUUGCCAUCAGCCCACAGGAGGGCGUCAUUACCACAAAGACAAGCAACCUGGACAGAGAGGUGAAAGACAAGUAUUUGGUCACGGUACAAAUCAAAGACAUGGACGGUCAAGCGAAUGGUUUGUCCAACUCGGCUACAGCAACCAUUACUCUGGGGGACAUCAACGACAACCCUCCAACUUUCCAGAAGCAGUCUUACAAUGUGGACGUUGAGGAGAACACAAAAGAGAGUCUUAUCCUCCGAAUUCCUGUUGAAGACAGGGAUUUGGUGAACACACCAAACUGGUAUUCCCAGUUUGUGAUCACUAAAGGAAAUGAGAAUGGCCAUUUCAGGAUCGAAACGGACCCCAAAACUAACGAGGGGCUUCUGUAUGUUGUAAAGCCUUUUGAUUACGAGAAAGACAAAAACCUGCACCUGGAGAUUAUGGCACGUAACCAAGCUGAGCUGAGUGAUCCUAAGGCCUCGUGGGUAUCCAUCCCUGUGGAGGUGUCCGUCAAAGAUGUUGAUGAGGGCCCAGAAUUCACAGCUCCCUCUAUACGCUUUAUUGUCAAAGAGAACACACCAAAUGGCACUUUGAUAGGAAGCUACACAGCUGUAGAUCCGGAAACCAAGGACGGCAAGGGCAUCACGUAUUACAAGGUCAGCGACCCUGCCUCAUGGGUCAAUGUAGAUCGGAAUUCAGGAGAACUAAGGGUUGCAAACACAAUUGACAGAGAGUCCCAGUUUGUCCAAGAUGGUAUUUACAACAUCAUCAUGAAUGCAGUGGAUGCCAGCUCCAAGACAGGCACGGGAACAGUCAUUCUUCAGGUGGAGGAUGCCAAUGAUAACAUCCCACAGCUUCCCACCAGCGAGCUGCUGCUGUGUGAGAAGGAGGGAGAACUAAGCUCUGUGCUGGUUGUGGCCGAAGACAAAGAUCAGUCUCCCUUUGCCGGUCCCUUCAGUUUUGAGAUGGCAGAGGAGCACGAUGGCAAAUGGACUUUGGAGAGGUUUAACGACACAACAGCUAGAUUGGAGCAGACCGCAGAGCUUCCUACAGGGAUAUAUAAGGUUCCCUUGGUGGUUAAAGAUCUGCAGGGUUCUGGCAGGGAACAGGAGGUGACCGUCAGGGUUUGUCAGUGCAGAAAUGGUGCCUGCUUCGCCAAGCCGAGCUCAAUCUCACUUGGGCCGCUGGCAAUCCUGACCAUGCUGCUGCCUUUGGCCCUGCUCCUGCUGCUUUGUUUAUUACUCGCUUUCUUCUGUGUGACGAAGAAUGAAAUGAGGCAGUUUGACAAUACAGGAGACAUGGGUGGAAUCUUGCUCAAGUCCAACACUGAGGCCCCAGGGGAAGAAGUGGAUUCAAAUCUCAUCAUUGGUUCCAUGGCUGGGAUGGAACAGGAGGCCGGACAGGGCUCGGUUAAGGGUUCCCUGCUGAACGCAGAAUUCAUGGGGAACAAGAGUGCGAGCACAAUUGGGGGUUUCAACAUGCAAGAGAACGUGCUGCAUCAGUCCAGUGGUGUCUUGCAGGCUGAUGUGCAGAACGGCUACUACUCUGGCAUGUACGGCGGCGGUCAGUUUGGUACCAUGCAGUUAGGCGGUGGUCAGUUUGCUCACAGCAGUGCAUCUUUUGAUCACCUCCAAGACUCCAGCGUUAAUCAAACAUGGCAAACGAAUGGCCGCUAUCUACAGCAGAAGCUGGCCUAUCUGGGGGCGGCGGAGGAGGGGUGUUACGCAGACGACAUUCUCCACAUGUAUGGCUUCGAGGGGGUGGGCUCCGUAGCCGGCUCUGUGGGUUGCUGCAGUGAUCAAGACAACCACGAUGACCUGGACUUCCUCAACACACUUGGGCCAAAGUUCAAAGCCCUUGCCCAUGUCUGCACAAACAAGUGAACAAUGAAGCUCAGAAGUGGUGCUUAUUUUGACUGCUGGGGACCCACUGAGCCGUGGGCUUGGACUGUGAGGAGAAGAAACAGAACAAAACGGGUUUGUUAGAGUCUGCACUGCGUGUUGCUCAUGAUGGGUUUUGGUAAAACCCUUUUUGCACUGGAAUGGAUGUAAAUACAGUACAUUGUAUUUUAUUUUACCCUUUGUGUUGUUUGCUUUGUGUGUUUUAGUUUUUUUUAGGAUGGUUGACGGUAUUUGUACUGACGUUCAGUUUAAAAGGGGUACGUUUACGUACAAUUAGUAAAUGUCUCGGUAUUAUGGGAUGAUGUUUUUACCCGGCUCUUUGCCGUGAGUUGUGUAUAACUUCUGAACAAGUGUAAAUACAGACGUGGCUAAUAAUGGUAUUGGGGUUGUUUUGUUUUU